AUGGACCGAGGCACGGGGGAUAAUAACAUCGAUGAUGACAAUUCGUCAUUAUUCAACAAUGCGAGUAUACCUUUUAGGAGCCGUUUUUUUGAUGACGAUGAUAAUCCACCAUUCCAGCCAUUGGAGACUGAUACCCCUUUCUCCUCAUUUCCACCACCACCACCCUCGCCGACACAAACACAACCCAGGUGGAUGUUUCGUCCAUCCCCCCAAAAAUACUUUACUACCAAGAUUAAACCGCACACCAAAUAUCUUAGUGAAAUGUGUAAUCGUCUAGGUCAAUUUAUUCUCAUCAUCCUGACUUUAUGUAUCUUUAGUUUAAUACUAAGAUAUCAAUCAGUACCGGAUUCAAAGGAUUUUUCCGAGGUGGACUUUGAUUGGAAAUUCAAUCCAGCAACAUAUUUAAAACCAAAUGAAGAAUUUUUUGGAAAUUAUAACGUUUUAUUGAAUGGACACAUUCAUACUACCUAUUCGGAUGGUAAAAUGACUCCCGAACAGGUUCUCAAAUGGUCGAUGGCCUAUGGGUAUAAUGCAAUCAUUGUGAGUGAUCAUAAUACGAUAGAAGGUGGGCUGGAAACCCAGAGAAUUGCACGUGAGAAAUAUGGAAAUAAUAUUACUGUUAUUCCUGCAAUCGAGUACACUUCUUGUCGAAUACAUAUGCAAUUUAUCGGUCUCGAGGUCAACCCGUUCCAACCCUUUAACGAUCCGGAGCCAACGAACGAGAGACUCAAAGAGAUGAUCGAUAAAGUUCAUACUUUGGGAGGUUUGGUUACGGUCAAUCAUAUUCCAUGGAGUAAUAGCACAGAGUGGGGAUAUCAAGAGACUACCUUACCUAACCAUCCUACACGAGAGGAGCUUCUUGAGAUGGGAGUUGACGGAUUCGAGAUAAUCAACGGAAAUAUAUUUGAUCAUGAAACAUACACAUUCGCCAGGGAUCAUGUUCUAUUAAUGCUCACAGGUACCGACUUGCAUCACCCUUCAACCACCGCACAUUCAUGGACUCUUCUACGUACUGAAAACUUAACCGCCGAAGGAAUAAUGUCACAACUCCGUGAUAAGAAAACAACUUUCAUGUUUGAUGCCGCCGGUGCACGACCAGUUUACUAUCCUCCCGAUAAUCCAUCUUAUUAUAAGUUAUUGCCGCUAUUGGCAUUUGCCGGUAUAUGGAAUUCGUACUUUGAUGAUUACCGGGGUAUGUAUUCGUUUCAAGGAACAUUUUGUCAUCAACGAAGGGUGGUAAUACAUUGGCGAAGCUAUUGGUGGCUUGUAAUAUGGUGCUUGGUGUUUUUUGGAUUUUAUGAGAUAGGCAGAUGGGGCGUAAGCAAAUUGAAGAGAAUUGGAAUCAUGAAAUUUGAGGAAUGGUUGAAUCGCCGAAGGAAUAGGAGGAUUUCUUCAUCCUCAGAAGAAGAAAGAUUGCUGAAUAACGAAAAUGACUUGAUCGAUAUGGAAGCCUAG